AUGGAGGGAUAUGAUAACGGAUCGUUGUAUGCACCGUUUUUGUCGCUGAAAUCGCAUGAAAACAUUUCUAAAUCGGAGUUCCAUGAAGGUGAAGAAGAGGCCUCAAAGGUUAGAGGAGGUUCAUCGAGAAGCUUGGAGUCGAAAAAGAAGGGGAAGAAACAAAGGUUUGCGUUUCAGACAAGGAGCCAAGUGGAUAUUCUUGAUGAUGGUUAUCGAUGGAGGAAAUAUGGCCAAAAGGCCGUCAAGAACAACAACUUCCCUAGGAGUUACUAUAGGUGCACAUACGGAGGAUGCAACGUGAAGAAGCAAGUGCAAAGAUUAUCAGUGGAUCAAGAAGUCGUCGUCACAACCUACGAAGGAGUUCAUUCGCAUCCCAUCGAAAAAUCCACCGAGAAUUUCGAGCACAUUCUCACUCAAAUGCAAAUCUACUCUUCCUUUAAUUAA